UCUUGGCAACCCUAGCGACAAGCGUUUAGUCAGGAUUCACGCAAAUUUUAAUUAUUUUGAGAAGAAAUUGGUGAAAGUUAGUUUAGGAUAAAAAAGGAUUGUUUGGCUCACAAGUCUGUAGUUGGAUAUAAUUCUAUUGCGUCGAGUACAUAAAUUUUCGCCGGCUUUCCCUAAGGGUACUUUCUUGCCGUGACACUAUACGAACCCUAUUUCGUGUGUAUAACAAAGUUAACGCCGUCGUUUUUGCCGAACCUCUACCUAUAAGAAGUGGAAAUUAAAAAAGUUGUCAUGGCGAAUAACUACGCCGGGUUUAGCUAUGGAGGUACACAGUACACAUCCACUGGCGCACCAGGUACGUACAGUUCCAACUCUGUGUCAUAUCCGGCUGUAACUAAUGCGACAUUUGCUAAUGCCGCCGCUUAUCAAUCUGCUGUAGCUGCUGGAAGCGGAAGUUAUGCAGCUGGAGGUGGUGCCGCUGCUGCAGCUGGCUAUGCGGGAUACGGUAACGACUAUGCUUCACUGCAGGCUUAUGAUUCAUCAAAAACAUUUUACCAGCAAGCAGCCUCCAGCUACAGCGCCGCUCCAUCAUCUACAGCUGGUAAGACCCACUAUUCGGCACCACCAGUAAAAAAUGUGACCCCCAUCGGCACUAAACCAUCGGCUGGAAAGGACAAAUGUGGCCCUGGUGGUCAGGCGAAGAUGGGCGGACCAGCUGUAACGACAGCUUCAGGCUCCUACUCCAAUUAUGAUGCAGCUCUCUACAGUGCUGCUUCAAUGUAUGUAGCUCAACAGCAUCAGCCGGGCCAACAUGCUCCAGGUGGUGGAAAUCCAGGAAAAUCAAAUGGUGUUAUGGGAGGGGGUGGUAAUUGGCCCCCGUAUCGUAAAGGUGGGCCAGGUGGACCUGGCAAUAAAGUGACUCGGCCGAAACAGCCGCCACGACCACAACAACUACAUUACUGUGAGGUUUGCAAAAUAUCGUGCGCAGGUCCGCAAACUUAUCGAGAACAUUUGGAAGGCCAAAAGCACAAAAAACGUGAAGCUUCUCUAAAAAUGCAAGCUAGUGCCCAGACUACAACCCAAAAUAGAGGCAACAAUUACCACUGUGAACUAUGUGAUGUUACUUGCACUGGUACCGAUGCAUACGCAGCACACGUCCGAGGAGCUAAACAUCAGAAAGUUGUUAAGUUACAUCAAAAACUUGGCAAACCGAUUCCGGCCGAUGAGCCUAAAAAAAUGGGAAAAAUUAAUUUUGUGCCUGCAAGUGGGAGCAAUAAUGCGGCCGAUGGUUCUGUAAGCACUAAAGAAGGCGACUCGGCAGACAACCAAUCUGAAGCAAAUAAAACUGAUGAAAACCAAGAUGAAAGUUCAGAAAAUUUAGAUAAUAUAAAACCGGUGGGCGGCGAGUACAUAGAAGAGGUAAAAGAUGAGGAAGGCAAAAUACUAAGUUUCAAUUGUAAGCUUUGCGAUUGCAAAUUUAACGAUCCCAAUGCAAAAGAAAUGCACACCAAGGGGCGUCGCCAUCGCUUACAAUACAAGCGCAAAGUUCAACCCGAUUUGGUUGUUGACUUUAAACCUACUCCUCGACAACGAAGAUUAGCUGAAGCUAGGGCUCAGCGUGCACUGAUGAGUUCACAUCGCGGCCAGAACUCUAAUUUUGGAGAUAAGCAAGGAUAUUGGGGAGAUGAACAACGGAGACGUGCGCAGUUUGACGAUGAAUAUGACUACAAUAAUUGGUUGGCUCGCAGUUUCGGCGGAAAUCAGCGUGGAUUUGGUGGGCGAAUGGGCAAUGGACCACCACCCUUCUUUGGGAUGAUUCCUGGAGGAGCUGGAAUCCGUCGACCCGAGAGUAACGAUGAUCGCCAUGCCAUCGCACGCCAUGCUCAGAUUUAUCCAAAAGAAGAAGAAUUGCAGCUAAUUCAACGCAUAGUUUCACACACGGAGCGAGCUCUUAAAUUUGUCUCGGACACUUUAGCCGAAAAUCCAAAUGAUAGUGGACCUUCAACUGCCAAAAAGGAGAGAAGCGAUGGUAAUGCCGUCAAAGAUGGUCGCGACAAUCAAAUGCUUUCUUUCCAGAAAGAAGCAGACACCGGGAAUCUAAGAAUUUUGAAAGGUGUCAUGCGGGUCGGCUUUUUGGCUAAGGGCUUGCUCUUGCAAGGAGACACUGCAGUGGAACUUGUCGUUUUGUGUUCGGAAAAGCCGACCGUUAGUCUCUUGAAGCGUGUCGCAGCUGAGUUGCCACAAAAGUUAAAAGAAGUUGCGGGUGAAAAUCCCGUCGAUUAUAAAGUAGAUGUUGUGAUUGACGAAUCUGCGGUAAUGGUACAAGAUGAGACUGUGUCCGUGAAAAUAUCAUUGACAUCGCCAUUGCUGCGUGAAUCGCCGGAAGGUGGACAGUCUUCUGAAAGCGAAAAUGGGAAUGCCGGAGACGCAGCUCCUUUGCCGCGCGAGCCUUGCCUUAAGGCUUUAGCUGAGUUACGUCAUGCAAAAUGGUUCCAAGCACGCGCCACUGGUUUGCAGUCAUGCGUAAUGGUAAUACGCAUUUUACGUGAUCUCUGCCAACGUGUGCAAUCUUGGCAAGCUUUGCCCCAAUGGUCCAUGGAGUUAUUUGUGGAGAAAGUCAUCUCCUCUGCUGGUUUUCCAAUUUCCCCUGGUGACUGCUUGCGACGCAUUAUGGAAGCUCUUGCAUCCGGGUUCCUUAUUAAUGGGCCCGGCCUUUUGGAUCCGUGUGAAAAAGAGCCUCAGGAUGCUCUGCAAGAUUUGUCCAAGCAACAACGCGAAGAUUUAACUGUCUCGGCACAAUUGUUUUUGCGGUACAUGGCAUUUAGGCAAAUCUUCAAAGUUCUUGGUAUGGAUCAGCUUCCUGCCCCCAAAUUUCCUUCGCGUCCAUGGCGUUUAAAUAGAAAGCGCCGUCGCUCCCAGGGCAAAGACAAUGUAGACACUGAGGGUAACAAUGUCGAGGCAGAAGAAUGCGCCUCUGAUGAAAAAAUACCUAAAAAAGAUGCUGACACCUCUUAAAAUAGUUUAACACCGUAUAACAGGAAAACAUGAUAAAAUAUGCAAUUAAUGUUUAUCUCACUCGUA